CAGCAGAAUCAGAGCCUUCCUCCGUGGCCGUGGCUGACUGAAGAAGAGGAAGCAGCAGAGCAGCAGCAUCUGAUUCGAAUUCACUCUGAAGCGAAGCUCUUGGCAUCUUCCUGCCGGAAACUCAGCCUUAUCAGAUGUUUCGAGCUCUCAAUCUCCUCCGCUGCCGCCUCAUUGAACCUCCGUGUCCCAGACUCGCCGCCCCCAAGAUUCUCUCCUUCCCACUCUCCACGAAGCAGAGCAACGAGCCAGAUCCCCAGGACGUAGUCUCGCUGAUCAACCGGGACCCCACGAGCCCCCCGCGGCUCUUCGUGGUCCAGCCUCGGCUCCGCCCCGACGCCGCCCUCCACGCCAGGCUCGACGAAGCUCUCUGCCUCGCCAACUCCCUCGAGGAGCAGCGGGAUGGCUUCUUCCACACCGAUUUCUUCGAAAAGGGCCUCCCCCCUCACGUUGUCGUUCAGAACCCUGCUGCUAGAUCCCCGAAACCUCGUGCAGACACGUAUUUCGGACCAGGGACUGUGGACAAUAUUAAGAUCCAUUUAAAUGCAGCAGAAGAAAAGGGUGAAAUAAUAGAUGCUGUUUUCGUGAAUGCCAUCUUGUCGGGAAUUCAGCAGAGGAAUUUAGAGAUGAUAUGGGGAAAGCCUGUGCUAGAUCGUGUAGGCCUUAUUAUAGAGAUCUUUAACGCUCAUGCUUUCACAAAAGAAGCAAAACUACAGGCUGAACUAGCAGCCCUGAUGUACAAAAAGACGAGGCUUGUCCGUGUUCGUGGGCCUAAUGGCCGUCUUACCUUUGGUGUUGGUGGUGAAGCUGAAGUUGUCAGUGCUCGAGGGAGAGGAAGUGGAGGACAAGGUUUCAUCAGCGGUGCUGGAGAAACUGAACUUCAGCUGCAGCGGCGAAGAAUUGCAGAGAGGCGUAGCCGUCUUCUGUCUCAUAUAGAAGAAGUGCGUAGAACUCGAGCUGUGCAACGAGCUGGUCGGAAGAGACAUGGAGGCUCGUUUGGCCUGGGGUUAUCUACCGUUGCUGUCGUAGGAUAUACCAAUGCGGGAAAGUCAACUCUAGUCGGUACACUCUCAGAUAGUGAUGUUUAUGGUGAUGAUCGGCUAUUUGCGACUGUUGACCCAAGAUUGAGAAGCGUUGUUCUUCCCUCGGGGAGGAAAGUGCUUAUGAGCGACACAGUUGGGUUUAUAUCUGAUCUGCCUGUGCAGUUGGUGGAAGCCUUUCAUGCAACUCUGGAGGAGGUGGUUGAAGCCGAUCUUCUUGUGCAUGUAUUGGAUUCAAGUGCUCCAAAUCUCGAUGAGCAUCGUUCAUCAGUCUUGCAAGUUCUUGAACAAAUAGGUGUAUCUGAGAAUAAGCUUCAGAACAUGAUUGAAGUUUGGAAUAAGAUUGAUCUUCAGGAAGUUGAUGAGAUGCAUUCAGAUGGAGCCUUGCUUGAUGCCGAAGAAGUCGAAUUUGAGAAUCUCUCAGGAGAAGAUGACGAGAGUGUGUUGUCUGAGAUAUCAUGUCAGGAGAGCAGUGGUGAGGGGAUAGAUCGCUCGACAACUGCCAGUGGUGAUGAUGAAGUUGUUGCCGAGCAAUCAGAGGGAGAACUCGAGUAUGAGGAAGAUGAGGACCGUCUGUGUGAGGUGUCAUCUGGAGAGCUUGAUGAUUUAGCCAUCACCAGCAACACUCCAGGAUCAUCUAUUCGGCAGGCUCAGAGCGCAGCCAGUGAUGAACGGUAUCAGUCCUACAAGUGUGGGCCUGAUGUGAAAACGUCUGCAGUGACAGGAGUGGGCCUACAAGAGCUUCUGGAGCUCAUCGACGAGAAGCUGAAGGCGCAGGACGAGAGCGUCAAGUCUGAGCGAGUAGUGGAAAGGGGUGCUUUCGAUAGAAAAUGGAGACCACCCCGAGAAAACGAUGCAGGCAUUGCAGUCGAGCAGUAACUCCAUUGGUGGAAAAGAAGUUAAGAGACGCUUGGCAACAGCGGAGUCGAUCGGUUGUCUGCUCAGGAGGACUCAUGACAGUGCUACUGAGCUCUUCUCUGCCGGGCAAUAGUCUCUCGUGUCAAUUUUUGAAUAGAGCGGGAGAAUUUUCUCUGUUUUCUUCGACUUUGAAGUGCACCAACAAUGUCCUUAGGUAUCGAGCAGCUUUGAUGUUAAACGAAGGAUGUUGGACACCCGAUCCCAGUGUGAUGCUGUCGAAAUGGUUAUCUAAAGUGUACGACAAAGCAUUAUCACAUACAAGAAGUUAACCGAGAAAUUCGUCGAA